GUCGGACGGGGCGGUCGAGCGGCGUGGUCGAACGGCGUAGUCGAGGCGGCCGCGGCUGGGCUGCCGGGAUGUGGUUCGCGUCCUCAGCACAGCGCGGGAGCGAGGCGUCGGCUUGGCACCGUGUUCCGUCACAUUUUCCCCAAGGCAUCAGGCCUCACGUCCAGCUCCACGCCGCACCAGCAGCCUGGACACGCCCUCGCACGCUCGCUCAUCACCCGCCGCCCGCGCCUCUCUGGAUCUGCCCCGCCCGCUCGCCCGCCCGCUUGGCCUGAUCCUGCCGAGCGCUCCCCGCCGAACGCACCGCCCUGCGAGCUUCACCAGCCGGCCGCACCCCACACACCGCGCUGCCAGCGCCCCGCCACGCCCGCCGCACGCAACCAUGGCGCCCGCGCGCAAGAGAACCACCAACAUGGCCCGCCGCCGGCUGGACGAUGAGGACGAGACCAAGUCGGUCGCCACAGACGGCGCCGACGACUCGCAGAGCGACGGCUCCGCGCCCAGCCUGGCCGAGGGCGACGCCGACGCCGACAACAGCGACCUGAGUGACGCAGACAGCGCCAUCGCGCCCGCCGAGGGGCAGCCGCGCCGCAAGCCCCACCGUGCCCGUCGCUCCAAGCCCGCCGCGCCCGUCAGCGCCCGCGCGCGCUCGCCGCCCGUGGCCCGCUCCGACGCCGCCUAUGCCGCGCCCGACGCCGCGAGUGUGGAGGAGCUUGACUUCGAGACGGCCCCCGCCGAGCCUGCGCCGCCCGUCGCCCGCCCGGAGACGCUGGGCGACCGCCGGCGGCGCGAGCACGACGAGUACAAGAAGAAGCGCGACUCGGAUCCGGCCUUCAUCCCCAACCGCGGCGCCUUCUUCAUGCACGACUCGCGCUCGGCCCCGGGCCAGAACGGCUUCAGGCCCGUCGGCGCCCGCGGGAGGGGGCGCGGCGCCAUCGGAGGGCCCUUCUCGCCCGCAAACCUGCGACACCACCCCCAGGAGGCCACCGACUCGCCCUGGCAGCACGACCUGCAUGACGCCGUCAACGCCCCGCACCAGCCCGCCGCGCCCGCUCCGCCCGCCGCUGCCGCUCUCCACACACAGCAGCCGCCGCACCCGUCGCAGCACCAACCCCACCGCGCGCCCUUCGCGCCUGCCUCGAAACCCCCACCGGCCCGCAACUUCUCCACCACCGUGCACACCCACAACGCCGUCGUCCGCGUGCUCCUGCCCAACAUGAAGAGCCCCAUCACCUUCCAGAACGUCCCCAUCAAGUCACAUACCCGCCUGCCGAACCACCGCCCUCCCCUGCGCCGCGACAAGCCCGUCCGCAUCUCCCUGCCCCCGUCCGCUCCGCGAUACAUCUUCCCCACCGUCGAGCGCUCCUUCAUCUUUAUCCCCCGCGCCCUCCGCCCCAACCAGCAGGGCUUCGGGCGUGGCCGCGGUCGCUUUGGCUCCAUUGGCGGCGGCGGCGGCGGCUUCUCUAGCAGACGGACGAGUGUUUACGGAGGUAGCGUAUAUUCGCCAAGCGUGGCUCUUAGUCGACGCUCCUCUAUUGCACGCGACAACAUGGUGUCGCCGGCCGGCUCCAUCAUGUCCAGGAACGGCAGCUUCAUCGAUCCCUCGCGCCCCGUUGUACGCCUGCCUCCGGGCGGCGUUAGGAUGCCUACCGGGCCUGCCAUCAUCUCGCCCACCAACGGGUCGUACCCUCCGCCCCAGAAACCUGCCUUCCGCGAGAACUGGGCCCAGGGCCAGCUGCCCAUGCACCAGCCACGCCCGCAGAAGAACGUCAAUGUCGCAGGCAUCGAGUCGCCUGCCUCGAUGCACUUCAACCCUCCUCAGCAGCAAGAACAGCAGCCUUUCCAUCAGCAGGUCCCCGCCCACAUCAACGGUGCUGCGUCGGGCGACCAAGCCGGCUUCUAUCAGCACGCUCGCCAGCCGUCAUACCCUGGCCAUGUGUCCACCGGAACCCCGCUGUCCAACAUUCCAGAGCGUGCCAUCCACGCACCUGCCUUCCAGCCAUUCCAGCCCGGAUACCAGCCGCAACCCUUCGUGCCAGGGGGCUACUACUACCCGCCUAGUGGUUCUCAGCUACAGUUCAUGGCCCCUGGUGGCAUGGUACCCAUGUUCGUUCCCGGCGCACAGCAACCCUACCCCAUGCCGCCACCGGCGCCUGCUGUGGCGCCGCCUGCGCCACCUGCUGCAGGCCCCCCCAACAUGGUCGCGUAUGAGCAGAACGGCAUGACCUACUAUGUCGACUCGAACCAGCUUCCUUACGCACCACCUGCCGAGACCUUUGGGCAGCCCAGCUAUGCAGUGCCCGGCAUGGGUGGUAUGAUGACCCCUGGGCCAGAUGGAGCGUACUACUACCCGCAACAAAUGCAGCCUGCUGCUUUCUAUCCCCAGCAGUAGAGCGGCUUGGGGAUGCACCUGUUCAAUUGUGUCAUAUUGCCGAACGGAGACUAUCACAGAAGGAUCAAGGCAGCAUGCCCUUUCGGAAUGACGCUGCAGCAAUUCGCUGACGCUCUCACCAGCGCUCAGAUUGCUACU